ACUCUGUUUGGAGAGAACAUUAUCCAUAGGCUGAUGCAGACACGCUCCAAGGGGCAUCCCGUUGGUAAAGAGCUUCCGAAAGGUUCUUUCAAAAUAAUAGUUUAUUAUUGUUUAUAUAUAGAAAAAUCCAGUAAAGAGUCAUUUAAUAGUAAUAACAAUUCAAUAGAAAUAGUAAAUCAAGAAAACUGCCCUCGAAUUUGAACGAAUUGGAAGGUGUCAAGAGGAAUUGCUAAGGAUUCCUGAAGGCACCAGUGGGCGUGCUUUGCUUUGGGAUCCAUCCACUGAAAAGGAUGGAGACGAUGGGACGAACACGGCCGACCAAUAGGAAAGAAUCUUCGGAAGCGUGAUGUGGGAUGGAUAAACAACAACCAACUUCUGCUAUGGCCUCAAAUGACCCCGACCUUCCCGGCACCUCUGGUGAACCACAGCCAGGUGACCUCAUUGAGAUCUUCAGACCAGCCUAUCAGCACUGGGCGCUCUAUUUGGGUGACGGUUACAUCAUCAACCUAACGCCUGUAGACGAGACUCAGGCUGCUGCCAUGUCCAGUGUGAAGUCCGUCUUCAGUCGAAAGGCCCUGGUGCGCAUGCAGUUGCUGAAAGAGGUGGUGGGGAGCGACACUUACCGCGUCAACAACAAGUACGACCACAACCACACACCUCUGCCAGUCUGUGAGAUCAUCCAGCGAGCCCAAGUCCUGAUCGGCCAGGAGGUGUCGUACGACCUGCUGGGAAGCAACUGUGAACACUUUGUGACACUUCUUCGCUACGGGGAGGGAGUGUCCGAGCAGGCUACUCGAGCCAUCGGGGCCAUCAGUUUGGUGACGGCAGCAGCCAGUGCCUUCUCUGUCCUGGGAUUGAUCAACAAUCGAUCCAGAAACAGGCCUUUCUGACAACCGUGUGUCUUCUUCCUCUUCAUUUGGAAAAUUACACUGCAUCACCAAGGGCCAUGAGCGCUCGUUUUAAAUAAUAAAGAUGCAGCGAUGAGCAA